AGGAUUAGUGGUGUAUGCCUGUAAUUACAGCACUGGGGAGACAGAGGCGAGAGGCUCAGGAAUUUGAAGGUAGGCUGAGAUAUAAGAGGCUGUCUGAAAACUAAUAACUAAUAAUAAAUAAAUGCAAAGAAAAUUAAAAUCUGCCCUCCUGAACAGGAUAAUUCCUGUAUCCUUUCAGAAAUACUACAUGCACAUACAGUAUCCAGUUGAAAUUGAUAAUAUUGUUAUAUCUUGCUCAGCAAAUUGAUUUCAUUUUUUUAAAUAUUUUGAGAUUACGGGAUAUAUCCACUAAGUACAGAGUGUACUCGACCCUGUAUCCUGCCACACAGAUGUAACUAAUGUUGCCAUUUUGUACUGACAUCUUGUUCUGGGUUGGUGGGCGUUGGAGGAGUCCAGUUACUCCAGGUCAUCCGAGUAGACACAAGAGCUUUAGGUAACUCUGAUGUUCUGCUUAUACUAUUGGUGCAGCUCAGCUUCAUCUUGGUUCACAUCUCUGUUCUCUCUCGCUCGCUUCAGCUGUUAAGUGGGUGUGUGACACUUUCGGUGUCUUCUGAAGACAAGGUCUUAGUAGCUUCGGCUGUCCGGGAACUCGCUGUGUAGACCAGGCUGGCCUUGAACUGACAGAUCCGCCAGUCCUACUUGCUAGACUUCGGGUGUUGGGAGGCGUAGGAAACUAGCGUGUAGAAACUUCCUGGGCCUGGUAGAGCCCCCCUCUUCCGACACCAGCUGACCCAGAGCCGCCCCACAUCACCCCCCAGCCGGGGGCGGGGUGGCGGACUGUUUCUGUGACGUCACACGCGCAGGACCAAUCCCCCUGCCCCGGAGACGUUAGGUCGUUUGCAUGGGUCGUCAGUCAUUGGUCUGUUGGGCCGUCGGGUGUCGCAGCUUUUUAAAGGCGCCGUGUAACGGAACCGAAGGCGGGAGAGCCGAGAGGCGCGGUGGGCUAUGAGGUCAUCGCCGAUCCGCAGGGUUUGGGAGUAGUGACGUCACCUCCGGGGAGCGCGCCGGCCGGGGCCGAGGGCGGUCCUGUCACCUCGGCUGCGCGCCGCUCACAGGCCGCGGCCCCGAGAAGGUAACCCUGGCGUCUUAGUGCGCGCCGUGGCCCCGCGCUCGCGGCCGCCCCGUCCUCCGCCCGCGACCUGGCUGUGGGGGCUUCCAAGUGAGAGGUGGGGGCGAGGAGCCUUUUUUAACCCGGCUCGCAAGAUGGCGACCCGUUAGUCACGUGCCGCCCGCAGACGCGAUUGGCCGGCGCGGCGUUGCGGGGCGGGGCCGCCGGGGCGGGCGCCGGCUCCUGCGGCUGCUGUUUGCUAGAGCGUCCUGGCGCGCCCCCGCGAGCUGCCUCCCGCGCUGCGCGUCCCCGCCGCGCCGAAUGUUGUGAAUCAAACGUGGGGCUGGUUCCAUCCGGCCGCCGCGGACAGUUCUUAAAGGGCCAGCCCGCCGGAUCACACAGCUGCGUCCUGCGCCGCCCUCCUCUCGGGUCCCGGCCGGGGAGGCGGAAGACGGCAGAGCAGGCUCGGGAAGGAGCCGGCGCUCCAGCAUCCGCACCCCGCACCGCGAACAAAGGAGCCCGCGUGUUGUCGGACAGCUGCCGACUGUGCUUUUACCUCCUGACGGGCUAUCUUCAGUGAAUCCACCCCUGCUGAGUGCCUGAACGCUUAAGUAACAGAAGUGAAUUCCAGCUGGUAACACUCCAGGCCUGUGGCCUUGGCCAGGGUUGUGAGCCCCUGCCCAGCCCCUCUACCUCCCUGCCCCCCUGAUGAGACCAUGGGCUCUGGUGGUGACUAAGUGGCCACCCUCUGCCUCGGUGGGUCACUGGCGAUUCGCUACAAGACCUAGCAGCAGUCCAGGCCAGCUCUGGGGAAGCUGCUGCCCCGACCGUCACACCUCUCUGUAGAGGAGCACCGAGCCUCAGCUCCUGCCGGCAGGAGCCCACGAAUGCUGCACCCAGUCGCCCAGCAGAGCCCGCUCAUGGUUGAUCUCCACGAACAGGUGCACCAGGGACCUGUCCCUCUGUCCUACACAGUCACCACAGUGACCACCCAAGGGUUCCCCUUGCCUACAAGCCAGCACAUCCCUGGCUGCAGUGCCCAGCAGCUCCCAGCAUGCUCCGUGAUGUUCAGUGGGCAGCACUACCCCCUCUGCUGCCUCCCUCCUCCGCUGAUCCAGGCGUGCACCAUGCAGCAGCUCCCUGUGCCCUAUCACACCUACCCUCACCUCAUCUCCAGUGACCACUACAUUCUUCACCCCCCGCCGCCGGCCCCCCCACCCCAACCUACCCACAUGGCACCACUGGGGCAGUUUGUGUCACUGCAGACCCAGCACCCACGAAUGUCCCUGCAGCGGCUGGACAAUGACAUGGACCUUCGCGGGGACCAGCACCCCUUAGGUAGCUUCACUUACUCUGCCUCUGCCACUGGCCCAGCCUUGUCACCCUCAAUGCCCGUUCACUACCUGCCCCACGAUCCGCUGCACCAGGAGCUGUCCUUUGGUGUGCCCUAUUCCCAUGUGAUGCCACGAAGACUGAGCACACAGCGGUACCGUCUACAACAGCCGCUGCCGCCGCCUCCGCCCCCACCACCAUCUUACUACCCAAGCUUCCUACCCUACUUCCUCUCAAUGCUGCCAAUGUCUCCGACCACCAUGGGUCCCACCAUCAGCCUGGGUCUGGACGUGGAUGACGUCGAGAUGGAGAACUAUGAGGCCCUCCUGAACUUGGCUGAGCGGCUGGGAGAUGCCAAGCCCCGAGGCCUCACCAAAGCAGACAUAGAGCAGCUGCCGUCAUACCGCUUUAACCCUGACAGCCAUCAGUCUGAGCAGACUCUGUGCGUGGUCUGCUUCAGUGACUUUGAGGUGCGGCAGCUGCUCCGAGUCCUCCCCUGCAACCACGAGUUCCAUGCCAAGUGUGUUGACAAGUGGUUGAAGGCCAACCGGACCUGUCCCAUUUGCCGAGCCGAUGCCUCCGAGGUGCCCAGGGAGGCUGAGUGAGGCUCCGCAGCCACCCACAAGAACCCUGCCCAAAGCUCUGGAAACGGGUGGGGGGGCGGGGAGUGGCCCAGGGAGAAUUGUAAGGGAGGGGCCCGGGCCUGUCUCAGCAUUCCCACCUGCAACUCCAGAGCUGGUGCCAGGGUCAGCCCUGGAGAAGCCCCUGCAAUAAGCCCCUGCGUUUGCCAAGCUCCAAAGACUCCUUCCCCAAACUGCCUGCCUGCCCGCCUGCCCGCCCGCCCGCCCGCCAUGGAGCUGCCUGAGUGUCCCCAACUCAGUCCGCCUCUUAGUUUGUCCUUGGGCCCUUCUUCCUGCUGGCUCUGGGAGGCAGGAGUCCAUUCCCCAAGUGUGGUGGCUGGUAUUGUUCCCACCCCCCAAAAAUGGGCAAAGGAGUAGCCACCCUGGGACAGCUGGUCUCCAGUCCUGAAGUGAAGUGUUCCCUGCACGGGUGGUACUGCCAGGUCUGUGGGCAGAAAGCCUAAGUCCCAGGUCUGAGUCCUGUCUGAUUCCAGACACUCGGGCUGUCGGUCCUGCCUCCACUGACCUGCAGUUGGGUCUGACUCCCCAGGACCCCCGCCCCCAGGCACAGGCACAGCAUCCCAGCCAGGCUCUUUGAGCAAAUGGAAUGGGGGCGUCAAGCUGAACACACAUUCUGCAGGAGCCAAGCCACGAUCUGGGCAUGUCCUUGUGUUCCUGGUGUCACUGUGCCCCUACACCAGUGACGAUGUCAGGCCCAUGCUCGAUCUCCUCCCUUGUGUCGUUUUGCAUGAAUGUGAGGAACAGCCGUUUUUGUUUAUUCAUUUGGCCCAGAAUUGCGUGUAGGGUGUGGAUAUUUAGAGGUGUUUAGUGGGGGUUUUUGGGUUUUGUUUUUGUUUUGCUUUUUGUUUUUUUCUGGUUUUUUGUUUUGUUUUGUUUCCCUAUUUUGGUUUAAUAGGAGUGGGGUGAGGACAUAGGGACCAACCAGGACCAAAUGCCCAGGGGGCAGAGAAGGGUCAGGUUGUGCGGCACCAGGCCUCCGUAUGGGUGUGCGGCUGGGACUGCACGGGGCGGCUGGGAGUCAGGGCAGACGGGUCUGUGCUCAGCUGAUAACUGCCAUGCACUGCACUGCACAUGUCCCUAGAGCCUACCGGGACCGCUUGCUUUUCAGGGCAAUUAAACCCUCCAGCCAGGGCUGUCUCCCACCUGCCUGGUUGAGUCUCCUCCUGAGUCUCCCUGAGGACAGAGAUCAGGGAGGGUGUGAACCUCCACCUGGGGGCCCCUCCCAGCCUGAUCCCUGCCCUCCACGGUCUGGAGGAGGCUGAGUUCCCUACCCUCCUUUCAGGUCCUACUUCUUUCCUUUCCCCAUCCGGGGCUGCUGCCCCAAGUGAACGAAUUGCGUGUGGGGCCGGCACAUCCUAGCAGGCAGCCAUUGGCGCCUGCUGCCUCAGGGAUGCUCCAUCCACCCUCGUUCCCAUGCAGCAGCCCUGGCUCCCUGCCCCCAUCCCAGCCUGCCAGGGGGCCCAUCGGCCUGGUCCCACCCCACAAGAACCCAAAGUCUUACUGUAUAUAACUCCAGGUGAUGUUUCUAUAUUUAUAGCAGUGUUGAAAAAUCCACGUGUUUUACACAGAGAACCACCUUAUCCUACCCUGGUCCUUCCUCACCCCGGCAAAAGGUUUUCAAGCCCUUGUGGUUCCUGGGGCAACGGAAUUGGCUCAUGGAUUGUGUCGGCUGCAGUGACGAUUCCAACAAGCAGCUAUGGGAGAAUAUACCUUUUUUUGUUUUAAUCAUUUAAGAAAGAUUUAUCAAACAAUUACUUAGGGUGUUUGUGAUUUGCCGACCUUGCUGUAGAUGCCAUGUUACCAAUGAUUUCCUGUGGUGGGGGCUUGGCAUUGUUUACUCUUUAUUUACCAACUUCUGGCCUAGGCAUGACAGUGGGCACCUUCCCCCAGCACUGCUGGGCCCAGCGCCUGUGUUCUGUUAGAAAGGUUUUUAUAUAUAUAUACACACAUAUAUAUAUAAUUACACACAUAUAUAAACACGUGAUUUGGGGGCCCUGUUCCUUGCACAUCUUACAGUUACCUCAUUUUUCCCAUGUAUGUAUUUGAGAAAAUGCUAAUAUAUAGAGAAAAUGGUUCUUAAAGCUUAAAUGUGUGGUUUUUUCCAUCCCGUUGGACUCACAUUGGUUUGUAGCAUUUAACAUAACUAGUAUGUUGUAUUAUAUAUGUGUAUACGGAUUGAAAUUUUUAACAGAUUUGUACUUUUUUUAAAAUGAAAGUUGCUAGUUCUGCUUGACCAAGUAGUGCAAUCAUUAUUUUUUUUAAUAUUGUUGCUGAUUUCAGAGGGAUAUUCACUAAUAAAUGUAUGAUGUAUACAAGUGCUGCCCAA